AUGACCUACAAGUACAAACAUCUCUUUCUGGAGGCGCAAGACGAGGAGGAGAGCGACGCUACCGAGAUGGACAACCCCUACGCCGGUGAUCCGCUCAUAGCGUGUAUUGGAUUCCUAGAGCCAGCCCGCGUCGAGUGCCUAACGCAUGUCCAAAGCAAGAAGCUGUUGCGCUUGGUAAUCGAAGGAGAGUUCCGGAAGAUGAAGAAGCUGCCUAAGCUGCACGUCCGCGGCGAGCCAAAGUUCUACGAGAGGAUUAGACAGAUCGCACCGAGAGUUAUAGAAUGGGAGGAGAGAGUAGUAAAAGCGGAGAAGGCAGCGGAUAAGAAGGGGAUUAAGAGGAACAGGAAAGAACACCUCUUACUAUGGAACUGUAGGGAGUUAAGUCCAAGCGACCGUAUUAAGGAAGGCCCAUAG